ACCUCAGAAAAGGACCAAAAGACAUUGAGACGUUUGGCUCAGAAUAGGGAAGCUGCAAAGAAGAGCAGGAUUAGAAAAAAGGCCUAUGUACAGCAGCUAGAAUCAAGUAGGAUAAGGCUCAGCCAGCUAGAGCAGGAGCUUCAAAGAGCACGUUCGCAAGGAAUUUUCAUAGGAGGAGGUGGGGGUGCUGGUGGGAACAUUAGUUCUGGUGCUGCAAUAUUUGAUAUGGAAUACGCAAGAUGGUUAGACGAUGAUCAUCGGCAUAUGACAGAAAUUCGAACAGCAUUGCAAGCACAAUUAGCAGAUAAUGAUCUGAGGGUAAUAUUAGAUGGAUACAUAGCACAUUAUGAUGAAAUUUUUCGUCUAAAAGGAGUGGCUGCUAAAUCUGAUGUCUUUCAUCUCAUAACCGGAAUGUGGGCUACUCCGACUGAACGUUGUUUUCUGUGGAUGGCCGGUUUUCGUCCGUCUGACCUCCUCAAGAUGUUAACGGCACAAUUAGACCCCUUAACAGAGCAGCAACUUAUGGGGAUUUACAGCCUCCAACGGUCGACAGAACAAGCAGAAGAGGCUCUCUCUCAGGGAUUGGAACAGCUACAACAAUCUUUAACCGAUACAAUAGCCGGUGGUUCCAUUAAUGAUAGCAUGCACCGCAUCGCUGUUGCACUUGGCGAGCUUACGAAUCUUGAAGGUUUCGUCCGUCAGGCUGAUAAUUUAAGACAACAAACCCUUCAUCAAUUGCACCGAGUAUUGACAGUUCGACAAGCGGCACGAUGUUUUCUGGUAAUGGAGGAGUAUUAUGGUCGAUUACGAGCCCUAAGUUCCCUAUGGGCAUCCCGUCCAAAAGAGACCUUAAUCGGGGAUGGUAUUUCUUGCCAAACCACCACGGAUUGGCAGAUGUUACUAUCAUCUCAAAAUCAUUUCUCCAACUUCUAAUAUGUCCCCAAAACUUGAUCAUGAUUGGAUCAAUGGCAUAUUUCUAGCAUCGGGGUUCUUCGGCUACUAUACCACCGCUAAAUGAAAUUGGAGGGAAGUUGAAGAUUUAUUCUAUACCAGAUAAGUUUCAACAUGGAAUGGGGUUGACCAUAUAUUUGCAUGUACCCGCGCUAGCAUUUAUUAAUCAUAUAAGUAGGUCUUCAUACGAAAAACUAUAACUAAGACCCUUUUUAUAUGACAUUAACUUGGAUCCAGAUGAGACUUUUUCUCUUGUA